GCAUUUUUUAACAUCAAGUCAUGUUAUUGCAGCUGUAUGCAAACCACCACACAAGCAGUUCCAUGGUGGUGUCAACUGUUUGUUUUUGGCCUACAGCGGGUCUUCAGGCUUAAUUGGUGUUGCUUUCUCAACUAUCUUUCCAGUAAGAGUUGACCAGUGAGCCAGUUAUCUGUACGUGUCUUUUUUUCUUCUAAUAUCUUUAUAUAUGUCUGUAAUCAUCAAAGUACUUAUACUGUAUGUAAAGAGCUAACAUGUUUUCAUUGCAAAUUGAAAUCAAGCCAUUUCAAAAAGCACUGAGGCUUAGUUGGUUAAAGCACUUGUCUAGUAAACAGGUGAUCCUUGGUUCAAACCCCAGUGGUGACUGCUUCAGAAAUGCAUUUCUUAACAACAGGAACAUAAACAUAAUUUUAACUUCAGGUCCAGUUUUUGCAACUAUUUGCAAAACGCAGCUAAAAUGUUACUAACCAUGGUAGUGUGAACUGCAGUCACAAAUCUACAUUUUGAAUUAUUUCAACCAAUUAAUUCAAGCAAAUCUCAGCAUGUCAGUCUGGGGUUGUACUUCUUGCAAAAUAAUAUGCAAAUCUACAGAAAGGAAAUAUAUAAAAGGCAAAUCAAAUGAGAUGCUUAUGUUUGUCUGUUGAGGAGAACAGAUCAUUAAAAUUCGUGCUGGUCUCGCUCUGCUUCACACCACGUAAGACAUUUGACUACCGAGGAUAAACAAGUUUGAAGAUUUCUGUUGUGCCCAGGUGAAUGACUCCGAUCUUUUGGGCAAGGCGUUUCUACACACUGCUCUGAUUGGUCAGUUUAAGUGGGAAUCAGGUGCAUCAGAGCUUGGAUAUAUGUGGGGGGGAGAUGGGACCCUGUAUCAGCUCUGUCUCUUUUCAACUAAUUUCCACCACGCUGAGCUCCCUUUGUUGGUGCCGUCAUUUAUGCCUUUCUGAAGACAACAUGGAGAGAAACAUCCCCAGGCUUCUCCUCAUCCACCUCAUCUUUUUCGUCCUCUCCACUCCUCUGUCUGCAGUCACUACAGGCCUGAGCAUCUUAAAGGUUGUCCCCAUCUCCAAUUCAAAUACCUGGGCUGUUGCUCAGAACUACUGCAGAUGGUACCAUAGUGACUUGAUCACCAUCAGAAACCAACAGGAGGCUGACAAGUAUGCCCCGUAUGAAGGCUGGAUUGGUCUGUAUCUCAAUACAUCGUCAUCGGGGUGGAAAUGGUCCAGAGGAGAGGAGAGAGCCACAUUCUUCAACUGGGAUUCAAAUGAACCAGAUGAUGAUCAGCACCACCACUGUGUUUUGAAGGAUAAGUCAUCUCCAAAAUGGAAAAAUGAAAGAUGCUCUGACAAUCAUCCCUUUUUGUGUGAUGAAGGCCUGAUUCUGGUCCAGGAGAAGAAGACAUGGGAAGAAGCCUUGGUGCACUGCAGACAGCUGGAGGCUGCGGGCUGCGGGAACCAGUGGAGUUCGACAUUUUGA